AUGAGUGACGGAAUGUCUGUCCAAAAAUAUUACCAAAGGACGAAAGACCUAGUCCAAAACAUAAAAAAAACGCUGGCAAAGCAAAAAGAAAUUUACAAGAAUAGCUGGCAAGCUAUUAAUGAGUUUAUCGAUGAAGAUUGCUUAGCUGCAUUUAUCGCCGGCUUAAGAGAACCAUAUUUUGGGAACGCUCAGGCCGCGCGGCCAAACGACAUCGAAGAUGCCUACGCAUUCCUCUGCAAAUUCAAAUCCAAAGAGCUAACCGCAGCAUGUAUGUCUGAUAAAUUGAAUUCUGAAAAUUCCGAAAAACCAGAAUUUAAAUCUUCAACAACACCUAUGGAAAUCGAUCCCUCAAUCAGAAGUCGAUUGACACUCAAUAAAAAACUCAUAAAUAACCAAGAAUUGGACUCUGAACAUGAUUCAGAAUCAGAAAACGAAUCAGAACAAGAGGUUGCAGUAAAUUUUCAAAUGAAAAUCAAUACACAAAACUAA